AUGGUAAUACCAAAAGGAGGACUAUCAGUUGUUAUUGGUGACCAAACAUGUGAAUUAUCUCAAAAGACAGUCUAUGAGCUGCUUCUAGACACUAAAGAUAGAUUUCCAGAGAGAAUUGCCGUGGUUUUCAGUCAACAGAAUAUAAGAUUGACCUAUACAGAGUUUCUAAGAGAGGUAGAGGCUAUGGCCGCCGGACUCUUGGCAAUCGGUGUAAAAAAGGGUGAUCGUCUCGGUAUUUGGUCACCAAAUAGAGUGGAGUGGCUCAUUACUCAGUUCAGUAGUGCACUGAUCGGAGCCAUCCUUGUAAAUAUCAAUCCGGCAUACCGUCUGUCAGAGUUGGAGUAUGCUCUCAACAAAGUUGGUUGUUCAACACUGGUGGUUGCUCGCAGCUUCAAAACAUCGAAAUAUAUCGAGAUGCUCUGUGAACUGGCACCAGAGAUACGUGUAUCCACCAACAAACUGCCGUUGACCUGUAAGAGAUUGCCAAGUCUGCGACGUCUCAUUGAAAUAGACACUGGAUGCAAGAAAACAGAACAUGUCUCGGGUAUUACAGAGUUUUCGGAUCUAAUGAAACUAGGUAAACAGCAUCUCACCAACAAAUUGGGAGGCCACCUUGGAAUCAGAGCGAUUGCAAGACAGAACCGUUGUGAAGAACCUAUCAAUAUUCAAUUUACAUCUGGAACGACAGGAAAUCCAAAGAGUGCAACUCUAACACAUAAAAAUAUUGUAAACAAUGCACUGUUUAUGACUAGAACUCUAAAGAUGAGUGAAGUCGAUGCAAUGUGUAUACCGGUUCCUCUUUACCAUUGUUUUGGUAUGGUUAUGUCUGUGCUUGUUUGUGUGAUGGUAGGUGCCAAAUUGGUGUUCCCUGGUGAAGCAUUCGAUCCAAAGCAAACAUUGGCUGCAGUGGAGAAGGAGCGAUGUACAGCUCUACAGGGUGUACCAACUAUGUUUAUCGCAGAGUUGGAGCACUGCGAAAAGUAUGACCUUCGCAGUUUGAGAACCGGAAUUAUGGCGGGUUCACCUUGCCCAGUGGAAACAAUGAAGAGUAGACAUCGCCAAUCUCAUUCCAAACGGAAAUCGACCGACUCCCUUGAAAAGAGAACAACGACAGUUGGUCGUUGCCAACCGCAUCUCGAAGUGAAACUCGUUGGCGAAGACGGAAAGAUUGUUAAAGUUGGUGAAAUUGGUGAGAUUUGGGUUAGAGGUUACUCAGUGAUGUUGGGUUACUGGGGAGAGCCAGCCGGAAGAAAUGGACUGCACGACGGUUGGAUGGCGACCGGUGAUCUUGGUACUUUCGACGAGGAGGGAUACUGCUCGGUGAUCGGUCGUCUCAAGGACAUGGUGAUUCGUGGUGGAGAGAACGUCUAUCCCAGAGAGAUAGAGGAAUUCCUUUUCAAACAUCCAAAGAUUCAAACGGUUCAAGUCUUUGGUGUGCCCGACGAGAAGUAUGGUGAGGAACUAUGUGCAUGGAUCAUCUUGAAACACGACGAACAAUCGACCGAAGAUGAGAUCAAACAAUUUUGUAAAGGUCAGAUCUCUCACUUUAAGAUUCCGAAGUACAUCAAAUUCGUAAAAGAUAUGCCGUUAACUGUUACUGGCAAAGUCCAAAAAUUCGUUAUGAGAGAAAUGAUGAACAAUGAACUGUUGGCUAUGAAACCUGUUGUCAUUCCAAAAGCAAAAUUAUAA